AAUAGAUCUUGUCUGUAUUCCUUUUUUGCAAUAGCUCAGAUUCUCUCCUUGCUUCCCUCUUCUGGUCGUCAAGAUGGCUGUGACCUCCCAGUUUGCCAGUCGAUACAAGAAGGAUUUGAGUACAGAAGCCAUCAGAACAAAAGUUGCCCGCAGAAAAUCGAUGCUUCAGAAGGAGAACAGGCACAAGCUGUUUGAGAAGGGCAGGCAGUUUGGAGUGGCAGACGUCAAUGUUCAGCUCUCAAAGGAAAGGGGGAUUUCUCAAUUAAAUGAGACUGGUGAAACGUGUUCUCAAAAGAGCAGCAGCAUUAAACAAAAACAAUCUACAGAUGCAGCCACCAAGAGGAUUAAUGAGCGCAAGGAAAUGCUCCAGCGCUAUAAAGAAGAAAAGGAACUUCGAAAACUGAAAGAGCAGAGAGAGAAAGGAAAAAAGGAUGUGUUUAAAGUUGGGUUGUAUAGACCAGCUGCACCUGGCUUUCUCUCACACAUACCUGAACACCCAGUGAUAGGGAAGCCAAGAGAGAAGGCAGCUCCUGCUUCCUCUGGGAGGAUUACUCGAUCAAAGGCCAAGAACCAAGAAGAAAAACCUGUGAUGCCAACUGCAUCUAAGCACUCUGUGGUCAGUGCCAAGGGACACAGCAUGCACCCUGCACAAGCAGGACAUAAACAGAUGGGUUCAGAGAAAACAGCUGAAAAAGAGAAAGUGUUACAAACUGCAGUCCAGACAGCCCCAAAUGUAAGAGUCACCAGAGCCGCCGCCUCUGCAGCAAGGCAGAUGCUGAAAGCAACAGCUGCUGCUGCUACUACUGGUAACCAGUCACAGAGAAAGACAGUGAAUGUAGGAAAGCAGAAGAAAGCAGUCAAACCUGGCAUCACGGAGGUAAUUCCUUCUAAACAUGAAGUGGAUAGAAGUGCUCAACUGGAUUCAGCAAUGAAAGAUUCUGCAGCUGAUUAUAAACAUCCAGUGUCAGUAGAACUUCAGCAGGAGCAAACCUCAGUGGAAACCAAAAGCAGUCCUCCAGGGAGACCCAGAACACGUUCUUUUGCACCUCAGAACUUUGUGUUUCAGCCGUUAAGUGGAUUAGCGACCUACAAAGUCACACCCAUGACUCCUUCUAGGGCAAAUGCAUUUCUGACACCUAGUGCCUUCUGGGAUUUUUCAAAAUCUCCAGUUACUAUAAUUCAAAAAUCCAGUGAAACUAAGGUACAAGAACCUGAUUUUAGAAGUCCAGUUUCACCUGCUGCUGAAGGCAUUCCAGGUCAGCAAGCCACUACAAGUUUGGAGGGAGAAAAAGGAAUUGAAUCAGAUGAGAAGGCUUCCAUGGCAAGAUCCAAUGAAGCAGUGUCUGUGCCUGGAGAUACCACAGUGGUUGAAAUGAAGUCGGAUGAAGCAGGAGAGCAAGAGCGGGAUGUGCCCUAUUUCAGAAACAUUCUUCGGUGUGAGACAGAGAGGCUGAUGUCUCAGUGCCUCCAGUGGGAUGGAAAAUCUGAGCUCGACAUUCCAGAGGAUGCUAAAGAUCUCAUUCGCACCACAGUUGGUCAGACAAGACUGCUCAUAGCUGAAAGGUUUAAACAGUUUGAAGGACUGGUGGACAACUGUGAAUUUAAACGCGGUGAAAAAGAAACAACAUGUACAGACUUGGAUGGGUUUUGGGAUAUGGUUAAUUUUCAGAUUGAAGACGUGAACAAGAAAUUUGAUAAUCUGAACAAGCUUCAAGACAAUGAGUGGCAACCACUUGAGGACCCAGGCAAAGGAAUUGUCAAGAGGAAGACUGUUCCCAAUGGAGCAUCCAAAGCGAAGCUGGGAGCAGCUGGAAGAACCGCUGCCCGCAACCGCCUUGCUGCUGUAAAAGCAGCUAUGAGGGAGAAAAUGAAGCAUGAUGGAGCUGGUGGCUGUACACAGCAACAGAAAUUACCAGAAGUAGAAAAAGUGGUUUUUGAAGCAGGAUUUUUCAGAAUUGAGAGCCCUGUGAAAACUUUUCCAGGCUUGCUUUCCAAGACCCCUCACAGAUCUUCCCAGCAGACCUCUGAGAAACUGGCAACUCCAGCAUCAUCUAGUGGAGCUUCGCUUCAGAACGUUCCUUCUGUCCUUCAUAACCCUGAGGAUACAACUGCAAACCAGACACCACCAGUGCUCAAAGGCUUCCACCCAGCACAACCUUUGAAAACACACCAAAGUCCCACUGGAAAAACUUCCCCACUGGAAAAACUCCCUGGUGGUUUCCUUGAACAGAGCAUUUCCACAGCUGCAGAACAACACUGUCCUGUUGCUGGCACAGCAGAAGGAACUCCGGUGAUGGAAAAUUGUAACAGUGAAUUGGAAGUAAUGAAUGGCACAGAAGAGAUGGAACUGUCUGCUGCAGAACAAGGACAAGAUACUGUCAUGUGCAGUGUGGAGAAGGAGACCUGCACAGAGGCUGGAGAACCAAACUCACACCAAAUGGACUUUUUAUGUGGUGAUUGGACAUCCCUCAGCAGAAAUCCUUCAGAUGUGCCCAUGCUGGAGGCCGAGCUGCCCUUCACCCCGGUGAAGAGCACAGCCCAGAAGUUGGUGGCAGCCGAAGCCUUCAGUGACCUCAUUGUAUUUUCACCCUGUCCACCCUCUGGAGAAAAAUGAAGAGACACUUGAAAUUCAAAAUGUGUGCAUUGUAUUAAGAGAACAAGCA